CUCUCUUCCAAAUUCAGCCCAACGUUUAUAAUUUAGUUUUCCAAUACACCCUUCCCCCACCUUGCUUCGAUAAUUCACUCAAAUUCCACAAAGCCCCCAAUUCUAGGGUUUCCAUCUAUCACAAAUCCCUGCCUCUCAUCCUCUGAAGUGAUUUCUGAUGCCAAGGGAAAAGCUUAUACUGAUCUGCCAGUCUGGUGGUGAAUUUGUGACGAAUGAUGAUGGGAGUUUAUCAUAUAAUGGAGGAGAGGCACAUGCCCUAGAUAUCAAUAUUGAAACUGUGUUUGAUGAUCUGAAAUUAAAAUUGGCAGAAAUGUGUAACUUGGAAUAUGAAUCUUUGUCAAUGAAGUAUUUUAUCCCUGGAAACAAGCGAACUCUAAUUACUGUAUCUAGUGACAAAGACCUGAAAAGGGUGUUUGAUUUUCAUGGGAACUCGAUCACAGCAGAUGUAUUUGUCAUGGGAAGAGAAGGUUUUAAACAUGAAGAUUACAUGCAUACUAGCAGUAGUUUUAAAAAUUACAGAGGAAGUGGGAUCCAACUAGCUGAAACUGUGCUGUCUCCAGUUCCUAUCACAGUCGCUCCUGCUGCGGCCGCCUUUGGCAGCCGUCGUGUGUUGUCAUCUAAAUCGAAAAGAGCUGCCAAGGAUAAAGCCCAAAGCCGUGCAUCAUCCUGUAUUGCUGUCCCUACUCCAACAGUCACUCCUACUGUUGCCUCUGGUAGUCGUCGUGUAUUGUCUUCUAAAACCGCAAAUGCUGCCAGUGCAGAAGCUAAAAGCCCUGCUAGUGUGGCACUGGCCAUUAUCUCAAAAAAAUCUCCUGCCACCAGUACCAAGGAUCCUGGUGUUGCUAGUUUGAUUCCAACAGAUCUUGUCACUGUUCCUGUUGAUACAACUCUCCAUGACUCAGUUACAGUUGAUAUGAAUACUUCCCCUGCUGACACUGUUAAGAAGCGAAGGCGCAUUGCAUCCUGGAAUAUCAGUGCUAAUGGUCCCAGCAUUGUUCUUGAUGACAAUGACGACAACAAUGACAAUACUGGUGAUGUUAAUGGAGAGACCAGAAGCACGUCACGAAAGACAAACACGAGGACAAGAAAAAGUACAUCAAGGAAGAAGAACGCUUGGGACCAUGAUAAUGCCUUUGUAGAUGUCGAAAUAGAAUGGCAAUCAGACAAUGAAGAUAGUGAACUAUGUGUACAUGGUGUGAACUCUAAGGAUGUUUCAGUGGAAAGGAUGGUUGCCUCUUGGAAAAAGAGAAUUACUGGGGUAGGCCAGGACUUCAAAGAUGUAGCUGAAUUUCGUGAUGCCCUGCAGAAAUAUUCCAUUGCACGCCGUUUUGCGUACAGAUUGAAAAAGAAUGACACUAAUCGAGCAAGUGGCAGAUGUGUGGUUGAAGGCUGUUCUUGGAGGAUUCAUGCAUCUUGGGUCGAAUCUGAACAAGUAUUUAGGAUAAAAAAGAUGAAUAAGUCACAUACUUGUGAAGGAGAAUCAUGGAAGCGUGCUACUCCAAAUAAAAAUUGGCUGGUCAGUAUCAUAAAAGACAGGUUAAGACAGACACCACGGCAAAAACCAAAGGACAUUGCCAAUGGCCUUUUCCAAGACUUUGGGGUGGCGUUGAACUAUUCUCAAGUGUGGCGUGGAAUUGAGGAUGCAAAGGAGCAACUUCAGGGUUCCAAGAAAGAGGCAUAUAAUAUGUUGCCUUGGUUUUGUGAUAAGAUAGUGGAGGCAAAUCCUGGCAGUUUUGUGAAGCUUUCUGUUGAUGAUGACAGCAAAUUUCAGCGUCUUUUUGUAUCCUUUCAUGCCUCAAUAUAUGGUUUUCAGAAUGGUUGUCGCCCAAUUCUCUUUCUUGAUUCUACAACUUUAAAAUCAAAAUACCAUGAGAUUUUGCUGACAGCUACUGCAUUAGAUGGAGAUGACGGGCUUUUUCCAGUUUCCAUUGCUAUAGUGGACAUUGAAAAUGGUGAUAAUUGGAAAUGGUUUUUGAAGCAGUUGAAAGCUGCAAUUUCAACUUCACAAUCAGUAACUUUUGUCUCUGAUAAAGAGAAGGGGUUGAUGAAAUCAGUGCUUGAAGUAUUUGAGAAUGCUCACCAUGGUUACUCUAUAUACCAUCUGCUGGAAAACUUGAGGAGAAAUUGGAAGGGGCCAUUCCAUGGAGACGGGAAAGUUUCUUUGCCUGGAAGUUUAGUGGCAGCUGCCCAUGCAGUCCGGCUUGAUGGUUUUAGAAUGCACACGGAGCAAAUUAAACGGAUUUCUUCAAAAGUUUAUGAUUGGCUUAUGCAGAUCGAACCAGAAUGUUGGACAAAUGCGCUAUUCAAGGGAGAGCGUUAUAAUCAUAUUACAGUUGAUGUUGCAGCAACAUACAUUGACUGGAUUGAAGAAGUGCGGGAGCUACCUAUAAUACGGAAGCUGGAAGCACUUACAUGCAAGAUAAUGGGGUUGAUCCGCACAUGUCAAAUGGAUUCAAAUGGCUGGACUGCAAAACUUACUCCAUCCAAGGAGAAAAAGCUACAAGAAGAUGCUCUGAGAGCUCAAUUUUUAAAAGUGUUAUUCUCAUCCGAUACCUUAUUUGAGGUUCAUGAUGACUCUAUUCAUGUCGUUGAUACUGAAAAAAGGGACUGCACUUGUCUCGAGUGGAAACUGACUGGGCUCCCUUGUCGCCAUGCUAUUGCUGUCUUCAAAUGCAAAGGCAGUAGCAUAUAUGAUUAUUGUUCAAAAUACUACACUGUUGAUAGCUUUCGCAUGACGUAUUCAAAGUCAAUACACCCUGUUUUAGACAAUUUCAAGGAUCUGGCUGAAGAAAAAGAAGUCUCCGGGUUGGUGCAGGUGCUUCCUCCUAAUACCCCAAGGCCUCCAAUCCAGCCAGAGGAAAAACGAUAUUACUACAGAAAGGGAGAACCCACAAGGGUAAUGUCUUGCAGCAGAUGCAAGGGAGAAGGGCACAAUAAGGCUACAUGCAAGCAACCCACCCUACCCCUGGAACAUGCCCUAGCCCUAGCCCUUGAUGCCCCAGCUCUAGCUCUUGAUGCCCCAGCUCCAGCUCUAGCUCUUGAUGCCCCUGCUCCAGUUCUAGCUCUUGAUGCUCCAGCUCUGGCCCUAGAUGCCCCAGCCCCAGGUGGCAGAGAGCUGGCAUUCAUAGCCCAACCCUUGGAACAUGCUACCGCCCCAGGUGGUGAAGAGCUGACAUUGAUAGAGCCCUGUCCUGGUAGUCCAAGCCCAGCUCAAGUUUCUUAAUGUGCUCAAUUACUACUGGUUCAAAACGGGACCUUGAUGAGUCUGCCUUUCCUGUAUCAACAAUAAUGUACAGUUAUAUGAGCAAUAAUGCUACGGAAGUGCUCUGCACUUGAUAGAUAUAAAGAAUGAAAUAGUGCCGUGUCGGUGUGACACUGCCUUACUUUUUGUGCCUGAACAGCAUGAAUUCUUGUAAGAUUUGAGUUUGCACUUUCCAAGAACCAUUUUUGCAAAAAUUGGACUGUAAGAUGCUGAAAGUUCUACAUUA